AACAAGCUUGAAUCACAUAUUCUCUCCUGUCUCAAGCUCAUUUCUGGUAUUCUGAUUUAGAGAUGCCAAAUAUGUAUAAAGAUCCACAUCUAUGCUACUUGGGAGAAGCAUAUCCAUUUCAUCUGGUUCUGGAGCUCCUCAGGGGCCUGAUUGUGGUGGUCCUCAGGGGCCUGAUUGUGGUGGUGGGGUCUGUGUGCUGCCUGAUGGAAAUGGCAUGGGGAUGAUUUGUGGUAUGAAUGGAGGCAUGCCUACAGCCAGGCAUGGCUUUCAAGGAAUUGACUCACCAUCUAUGCCGAGUUCUGGGAUUAUGACUUUUAGUAUGGUAGCAAUGCCAAACACGGUAAAUAUGCACCCUGGAGUAGGCUCUGGUCAAGGCAACUCAAUGUCGAAACCUCAUGACAACUUGCAUAUGAUGGGGCCUAUCCAAAAUCAAGAAACUCCAAGGCAGAUGAUGAUUGCUGAUCUUCAGGUUCAGGACCUCAGCCAAGAUGUACCACCUCCGUUGGGGGGUUUUAUUCCAUCAUACCUACCUCAUCAUCAUCAGCCCUCUCAAUUGUCACACAUGCGUAGUAGUCCUCUUCAUUCUCAUGCUCCAGGUGCUGCCAAUCAUGCCAGCGACACACAGCAACCAAGUUAUGCAUCACAUUUGACAAAAGAAAAACAAAUGCAUUGGCGACAUGUACAACAAAAGCAGAAGUUUAAUACAUCAAACUCUUUAACACGGUCUGUACAGCAACACCAACUUCCUUUGUCUCCCACAUUUCAUAGUAGUCUCCAAAUCACAUCACGAAGUCCUCCACAUGCUUCACUUUCUCCCUUGUCGUCAACUUCCUCAGUUGCUUCAAUGCCGCAACAUCCUUCAAAACAUUCUAUGUCGCGUCAUGGCCAUUUCCAAAGUGCUCAAAAUGGUCCCACAACUAAUAAUUUGAGCAAACAACAGCAACAAACCAGCAGGAAACACCCUCAGCAGCAGCAGAAUAUCAAAGUUUCAAAGGGAGUAGGGCGAGGGAAUGCAUUGAAUCAGGACAUGCAGAUGUACCCCUCUGCGUUGAACCAAACCUCAUUAAAUUCAAGAACCACCAUAGCUACAGAAAAAGGUGAUCAGCUGACUAACCUAGUGCAAAAUCAGGGACUGUAUACUGGGUCAGCAACAAAUGAUGUUUGUCCUGCAAAAUCAUCAUCUGCUCUUGAUGUAGGACAGCCUCCGCAAAAUAUGCAUCCUGGCAAAGCUGCAAAAAAGCGACUUAAGCCAAUGGCUCCUCGUUCUGCUAAUAAGAGUAAAGUUCAUAGUAUGAUAACUACAUUGGAGUCAAGCCCACCUUCUGGCUAUCACUCUAUUGCAAUGCCAGUCAUCAGAUAUUCCAAUCACCAACCUCUUCCACAUUCACAGUCUGAGGUGCACACACAAAAAAAGUUAUUAAACGAAAGUCACACUAAUGAGUCUGAAUUCAAUCAGCAUACUGUGAGCAAAUCUACUCCUAUUGGAACAGUUAAGCAAACAGCUAGUGAGUGCAACAUCUCCUAAUGUUUCCCAGUUGAAGGCUGCUGAACCAUUAUUUUACUCAGUGGGUUCUCUUCGAACUACUGCUGCUGUUUGUGAUGAUUCUUCUCUAGGUAUUCAGGGGUUGAACCAGAGGCUAUCUUCGGGCGGCUUAUCCCCUGUGAGGCAUGAUGCUAGCUUGCAAUGGGAGCACCAGCAGCAACAGCAAUAGCUUUGCCUACCCUGCAACAUUUUUGCUGCAGCCACGGGUUUUGCAAUCAAGAAAUAGCAGUUUUCUUGUCCCUGGCUCCCAGUUCUUGUUGAUUGGAUUGAUGUGCACCCAGCAAGAUUGGGAAGAACCGAAGAAAUCUCAUGGUGGCUGAUCAUAUCCCUAUGACUGGGUUGGCAUGUGCUAAAAAUUGUAGUGUACAGGUGAAAUCCAGGUUUUGCUAGACUAGGGAUGUCUAUCUGCCGUUGGUUGUAAGUAAGAUAGCACUAGAUAUAGAGGUACGCACGUGUACAGCUUUUUUUCUUUUUUUUUUUAAUAUUUACUUUCUUAAACCCUUGGUUCCCGGGUACAUCGAAGGGGUGCUAUUUUCUUGUGUUAUUUCAGUGGUAGUUCAUUCCAUGGUUUAUGGCUACCACUUUUGUGAGGGGGUAGCUAUAAUUUCUAUAGCAAAAUGAAGCUGGAUGCUGUGA